UUAGCAUAUUUCAGUCAAAUUUCUAUCUACUUCAUAAUAUAUUUCCAGUCCGAAGCGAAAUAUUUAAAAAAAAUGGAAGUACUUCCUGAAAAUGUGGAACCUACUGUGGAACCGCAGGGCAGACCGUCUCAGGCUUUAACGGCGGAUUUCCGAAAGGAGAUUGGCAAUGUCCUGUUCUUCGUUCUGUUUCUUUAUUAUGUGUUCAACAUGAUAUUCUCGAUGUGGCCUCUGCUAAUCGGUUUUCUGGUGCUAUUUUACCACAGAAGAGGAUUUCGCUUCAAUGCCCACGAACUGCUGGAGGCCUUAGUCAAGUUGGGGAUCUUUAUCGUCGUAACGGUUUUAAACAUAAUCGUCGAAGUCAUGCGUUUUGUGUCGACUUUAUAAAGUUAACUUGAUAAUUUUAAAAUAUUAAAGAGAUCAAGAUUUCACACGAUUUUGUAAAUUUAAAGAACCAGUCAAGG